AUGAAAUCCACCACCCUCUGCCUGAUUCUCAUCCUCUCCGCCGCCUGCCACCAAGGAAUCUGCGCCUCCAUGAAAGAGAAUGAAAAUGUGGAUUCCGCAGCCCAGCUGGGUCACCCACAGAUGGAAACGGCAGACAUAAAGGAAUCCACAGACUUUUUGGCACGUGGCAAACGGCACACCGGCCUUCAUAUCUGCAUAUACUGCUGCAAAUGCUGCAAAUACAAAGGGUGUGGAUACUGCUGCCGGACCUGA